AUCUUAUUCAUGAUACAAUUCUUUGUUGGUUCCAUAUCAUGUCAACUUUAGGAAAGCAUUUGAAAAUGUGGAAAGUAAAAUGGCCAUUACGAUAUCUGAUAGCACUUGCCUUUAAAAUUAUAGGUAGAAGUAAAACUGAUGAAGAAGCAGUUAAAAUAGGAGAAGAAUAUAGUAAAUUCAUCAAUUCUUUGGGACGGAUGUCACAAAUAUAUGAUCAACCUAAUGCAAUACUAAUGACAAUGAACAAUCUUACAGAACGAAUGUAUAAGACUGUAGAAGCACAGUGUUGCGGAAUACAAAUAGUUGUAAAAUUUAUUGAACGUUUAUAUAUGAAUAUAUUAGAAAAAAUAAAUGAGAUAAUUAUUAAAUUAGUUAACAAAGAAAAUCUUCACAUUCCAGAAAUAUAUUAUCUUGUCAAUACAUUAUCAGAAGCUUUACAUGGAAAUUUACAGAUGCAAGAAAUUAAGGAAAAACUAGUACAGCAUUUUAAAGAUAAGGAAAAUGCA